AUGUAUCAAAGUCGUGUUGUUCUAUUUGUAAGUUUAUUCUUAAUUGGAAUUAGUUGUACAUGGGCAGCUAAUUGGGCAGUCCUUGUCGCUGGUUCUACUGGUUGGUAUAAUUAUCGACAUCAAGCUGAUGUUUGUCAUGCUUAUCAAAUUUUACAUAAAAAUGGUAUUCCUGAUUCAAAUAUAAUUGUUAUGAUGUAUGAUGAUUUAGCUAAAAAUAUCGAGAAUCCAACAAAAGGUGUUAUUAUUAAUCAUCCAGAUGGUGAGGAUGUUUAUAAGGGUGUACCUCAUGAUUAUACUCAUUUAGAAGUAACACCAAAAAAUUUUAUGCAUGUAUUACUUGGUGAAAAAGAAGCAUUGAAAGGUGUUGGUAGUAGUAAAGUUUUAGAAAGUGGUCCUGAUGAUAAUGUUUUUAUUUAUUUUACUGAUCAUGGUGCUGUUGGUUUGGUUGCUUUUCCUCAUGGUGUACUUCAUGCUAAACAAUUAAAUGAAACAAUUACUAAAAUGCAUACACAAAAGAAAUAUAAACAAAUGGUUAUUUAUAUUGAAGCGUGUGAAUCAGGUUCAAUGCUUGAAGAUCUUUUACCAAAUAAUAUAAAUGUUUAUGCAACAACAGCAUCGAAUGCUGAAGAAUCAUCCUAUGCUUGUUAUUAUGAUGAUAAACGACAAACAUAUUUAGGUGAUGUUUAUUCAGUUGUUUGGAUGGAAGAUUCCGAUGCUGAAAAAAUCGACCAAGAAAGUUUAUAUCAACAAUUUUUAGUUACACAAGCGAAAACAAAUACAAGUCAUGUUAUGCAAUAUGGUGAUCUUAAUUUAGGUAAAACUCAUAAUGUUAGUGAAUUUCAAGGUGCAAACAAACGAUUAUAUAAAUCGAAUCAUGAUAUCUUGAAAAAAUAUUAUAAUAAUUUACUUCGACGUGAUGCUGUUCCAACUUACGAUGUUCGUAUUUCAAUUGUUACUCGUCGUUUAGCUGCUGUAGAAGAUAAUUCACUUGAAAAACAAAAAUUAGAACGUGAACUUGUUCAAUUACAUAACGAUCGAACAACUAUUACAUCACAUAUUCAUCAAAUAGCUGCAAUUGCUUUAUCAAUCAAUCGUUCUGGUUAUUUAGAAAUUGUUACAGAAAAACGUAUGAAAUUAACACGUUAUGAUUGUUAUCAAUCUGUAACAGAACGUAUUCAAGAAAAAUGUUUUGAUCUACAAAAUGAAUUUGUUCUUCACAAACUUUAUAUUAUGGCUAAUUUAUGUGAAAUUGGUUUAUUUGAUUUCACCAUUCAUCAAGCUAUUGAUCAAGUAUGCAAUGAACGGCUUCAUUUUGAUUAUUAA